AUGAAGCUGUGGCUGGCAAUCCUUCAGGUCGUGGUUGCCCUUGAGGAGAAUUGCCUCUUGCAAAGCCAUCCAGUCGAGAAAGAUGGGGAGCAUCUCUCAGAGGACAGGGACCACGCGCUUGCACCAAAGGCGAAGGAGGUGGGAGCCGAGCCGGCUGAGGCGCGCCAAGAAAUGAUUUCCAGCUCAUGGGGCGACGAAAGAGAGAUCCUGCAGGAGUAUUGGCAAGUAAUGCAUGUGAACUGCUACCCUGGUCGUGGUGCUUCUAACGGUGGACUUGAGCAUGAACAAGGGAAGAAAGGGGACGCAGUCCAUUGCGCACACAACUGCUAUCACAUGGAUCAUUGCAAAGGCUACGUUCAUUUCUCCGCCCAUGGAGGGCAGUGCUUCUUGCUGUCGUGGAUAUCACAAGACCCUAUCGCUGACUGCGAUCUUGGGCAGAUUGGAACGGAAAGCUGGCAGUUUGAUACGUUUGUUAAGAAGCCGAGAUCCACGGAUUGGGUUCUCGACCAUUUCUACCCUUUGAGGCACGUGAACUGCUAUAACGGUCGCGGGGCUUGGAACGGAGGGCUUGAACAGUACCAGGGGAUCCAAGGAACCCCGAGCUCCUGUGGACACCAGUGUUUCAACUUGAGGAACGACUGCAAUGGCUACGUGUUCUUUGAUGCUCAUGGAGGUCAGUGCUUCCUUCUCAAGCAUAUCUCCGCCGGACCUGUGGGUGAAUGCGAGGUUGGGAGACAGGGGGCCUUCGAAGAUGCGUGGAAGCAGUGGAUGCGCACAGAGGGCUCGAAGAGCCUUGACAUGCUCACGGCCAGCCGCUUGAAGCUGAGAGAUGUGCUCCAGCUGCCAGGAGCUGAAGAUGAACAAGAAGUACACGCGGCACUGCUCGCAGCCCAAGUGAUGUUCGGAGGCGCCGGCAGCUUGAAGCUCCUUUGUCUGGAAGGCAGACAACAUCUUGACGCUUUCCUUUCCCGGCUUGGCCCGAAGCACGCCAGCCUGGUCACCCGGUACGGCGUUCGAACGCGAGAGCUUGUGGAAUCGCAGUUUCGGAUCGUGACCGGGUCGAAGGAGCGAGAUCGCUGGCUGAUCCGGGAGGCCGUUGCCGGGCCUCUACUGCUGGCCCUGGUGGCGUUGUGCCUGGACGGGGCAUUGGCACCUCUUCGCAGCGAUGUGGUGCUCUUCACCGGGCGGCUUUUGAAGACGCUGGGCAUCGCCAUCUCCUUUCUGGGAGGUGCAUUCAUGAUCUGUUACGGUCAGCCUGUUCAUAGCCCUGGCUUUGCGGGCAACAUCUUGCUUCUGCUGAACUGCCUCGGCACGUCGCUCUACGUCAUCCUUGGAAAGUUCGCCAUGGACAGGUAUCCAUCGCUGUCGAUAACAGCGUGGUCCUACAUCAAUGCUUCUGUCAUGAUGGCGAUCGCCGCAGGCAGUCUGAACACUCAGUGCUGGUUCAUCGAAUUCGUGUGCCCGCCGAACGAGGGCAGCACCGCGCAGUGCGGCACAAAACCCACUUCCUGCACCGCAUGGUCAGUCCCGCCAGAGGCCGUUUUGCCAUUGGUGUACUGGAUUCUCUUCAACAGCAUGGCUGCCUAUUUCUUGAUUACAUGGGCGAAUCGGUAUGCGCGUGCGGGCUACGUUCUCGCCUAUACCGCGCUGCAGCCCUUUACAAGUACAGUCCUCACUGCUGCCUUGGUGGUCUCGGGACGGUUCCCGUCCCUGAGCCUCCCGGGCUGGAACGCCUUGGGCGGCUUGGGCGUCGUGGCUGGCAUGCUGUGCAUCCUUUGGGACGGCAAGAAACAACACGAGCACGACACUGCACGGCAGGAGCGCGAGGUUCCACUCAACCAGGCGCAUCAGGUCCUGCCAGACGUCUGUGAGCCUUCCUGA